CUCUCUAUUCUCUCUCUCUUUGACAAUGAUGCGUUGAAUCAAUAAAGUUAUACUUCUGUUGACUCUCGGAUGGAGCAGAUUCAGGGAGUUUGGGUUCCUGGCCGAUUUUAUAGUUACACUAGAUAACGAACUCUCUCUCUAUUCCAGAUUUCUACACAGUUUGGGUUGAAAGGAUAGAUUAUUUGACCUACUUUCCUGAUGAAGGAAUGAGCCUAGGUUAUUUUUUUUUUAAAUUUGGCGCAAAUACGUACGAUAGUUUACACUGGAUUUUGGUGAGAUGAGAUCAUCCAUGGACUCAUAUGCUCUGAGAUCUGUAUUGGAGUUGCCUUCUCCAUUUCGUUCCAUGUUUAGUUUCAGGUACUUUAAUUCAUUGCAGAGUGAAUGCUUUUGUGGGUGCUAUCUUUCCAAUAUAAAUAUGAUCAUAUCGGCCCCAACUGGAAGUGGGAAAACAGUGCUCUUUGAGCUCUGCAUUCUUCGGCUCUUCUCAAAAUUUCUCACUCAGGAGGGAAAGUGUAAUCAUGAGAAAGGAGUUCUUAAAACAAUCUACAUCGCUCCAUCAAAGGCUUUGGUACAGGAAAAGCUUCGCAACUGGAAUAUGAAACUUCCUACAUGGGGAAUUACGUGUUUGGAGUUGACUGGUGACAAUGAAUCUUAUAAUACAAAGAACAUACAUGAAGCUGAUAUCAUUCUAACAACUCCUGAGAAAUUUGAUGCUGUGACUCGUCAUGGAGUUAGAGAUGGCGGGUUAAGCUUCUUUAGUGAUAUUUCACUUGUACUAAUUGAUGAGGUUCACCUGCUUAAUGAUCCACGUGGGGCUGCUUUAGAAGCAGUAGUUAGCAGAGUAAAGAUGCUCUCUCGGAGCAAAGAGAUGACAUCUAGUCCUCUGGCUAAUGUCCGUUUCGUGGCAGUUUCGGCCACAAUUCCAAACAUUGAGGAUCUUGCGGAAUGGCUCCUGGUUCCAUCUGAAGGUAUCAAAAGAUUUGGAGAAGAGAUGAGGCCAGUGAAGCUAGUAACAAAAGUUUUUGGCUAUGCUCCGGCUAAGAAUGAUUUCUUAUUUGAAAAGCGUCUUCAAAACUUUGUUUUUGAUAUCCUCAUGCAAUAUUCAAGAGGAAAAUCUGCACUUAUAUUCUGUUCAACACGAAAAGGAGCACAAGAAGCGGCACAACACCUCUCUCAGAUUGCAUCAAGCCUUGGACAUUCAAAUCCAUUCAUAAGAUCAAAAGAGCAACAGGAAAAACUAAAGGAAGCUUCUGUAUCUUGUGGUGACAAACAAAUGCAAUCAUGCAUUCUCUAUGGUGUCGGCUAUCACAAUGGUGGGCUUUGUCUGAAGGAUCGUAAUUUAGUUGAGGGUCUUUUUCUGAAGGGGGAUCUUCAAGUUCUUUGCACCACAAAUACUCUUGCACAUGGAGUUAACUUACCAGCGCACACAGUUGUGAUUAAAUCAACUCAAUAUUUCAAUAAGGAAAAGGGUCUCUACUUGGAAUACGAUCGAUCUAUGGUAUUGCAGGUUCGCCAUUACUUUAACUGCCGUUCUUUGCUGCUUCUUUGGUUUCAAUGUUCGAACAAUUUGUUUUACAAACAUUUUGAUAACUGGUGGAUUAAGAUUUAGGUGGUAGAAGAUUAUUUUUCUUGUAAAUGCUGCAUCAUUUUGCAAUUUUCCACAACCUCGUGAGGAUUCUUUAUUUAUGUUUUAAUUGCAAAAACUACGAGGUUUUUCUUAUCAAAUAGUUUCCAUAUAUUGAAGUCCACACAUUUUGUAUUUCUUUCAAUUAAAUAUUUAUGUUCCACAUUAUUAUCACUCUUAACUAUUUGCUUAAUAACAUACCCAUUAGCAGUCACCAAAGUUUGAUACACUUCAGGUUAGGUUUUGUUAACAAUUGUUUUGCCAUUUGACAUCCUUUGUCCCUUAAGAAUUUGCAUGUGCUUGAGCUACUGACGGAGAUAUCUUUCAAGACUCCAACAUGGUUACAAGCUUCAUCAAAACCUGAUGUAAGGUUUUGGCACAUGUUAGACGAGUCCAAGAUGGACUGGUCCAGUCGGCCCAGCACCAGGUCUGAUCCCUGGUGUAUUCCACGCGGACCAAGCAAGCCGUCGGCUCCCUUGUGGGGCCCUUGAUUUGAAUGGAAAAUUACAAAGGAGGGGGCAGUUUAGGAGGGCAUUAAUUUUGCGAGGGUUGUUUAGUAAUUAUCAUUAUAUUUUUAUUCUCUAAAUAAAGGAGGAAGGGUUAGGGUUAGGGGUAUGUUUUGUUUUGCUGAAUUUGUGAGUUCUCUAGAAUUGCUUGGGCUCUAGCCAUCGGCUAGGGAUUGGAAGAGCCGGAUCUUCCUCUUGAACUGAAGAUCCAUUGUAUCUUGUUUGUUUUCUUUUACUUUUCAUUAAUUAUCAUGUUUCCCUAGCAUUUUGUCACGGGAUUUAAUCAAUUUUGUUGUGUUAUUUGUUGAAAUUCAAAUUUUCAGCCACUAUCUCUUUGAUUUCUGCGCUUGUUACCUAUCAAAUUAGUAUUAGAGCACUUUCUUGGGCAGCAUAUUUCCCUAAUGUUUUGCCACGGGAUUUAUUCAAUUUUUGUUGUGUUAUUUGCUUAAAUUCAAAAUUUCAGCCACUAUCUCUUCGAUUUUUGCACUUGUUACCUAUCAAAUUAGUAUUAGAGAUCUUUCUUGGGUAGAAAAAUAAGUUGUCUUUAUAAUUUUUGCAAUUGGAUCCUAGAUCCAAUUAAUGGCAACAAAUAAGAUGGAGGUGUUGGAAGGAGAGAUGGAAAAACUCAAGGCAGGAGUUGAGAAAAAAUAUUUCGGUGUGGAGGGAAGACUCUCAGCCAACCGUUUUGGAAACUUUGAAGACAUGUUGAAAAUCAUGCUUGAGAUGCAAUCAAAAGCAUCACCAACAAUUCCUAGGGUGGAACCAAGAUAAAAGGAGAUUCAGGAGGAUGGUGAUGAAUUGGAGUGUUUUCUAUCUAGGACCGCCACAAGGGGCUUUGUUGUUGGGUGGAUCGGGGUAUUCCAAAGGGAGGAUAGCAAGGAGGGAGGCUGAACCCGG